AAGACACCCAACAGCCUGAUAACGCCCACGGAAGCGAGCAUUGUCUAGAGAUAGAGUAUACCGUGUUUUUCUACCUGACGAAUGCAGUUUGCGAGGAUAAUAACAACUUCAUUUGCCAGCACAGGCCUUAAAGGCGAAGGUAAGCGAGACUUAACCCCAACCACUCAAGUUUCAAAGGCAGCUCACUUGGAAGCCUACAGUGGCCAGUGUCCAAUGUUUUGCAUGGAAGUCGGAGGCCUUUGCCUCACGUGGGCGGAGGAGGUGUGGCACGAGGCUUAGCAGACAUGUGGAGACUCGAGCGACCUCCUGGUUAUCACUGAUGCUGAAGUCCCAAAAGAUGUGUACCUCUACUUACACGAGGAAAGUAGGCUAACGGAUGGGCAUAUACUUUUCCAUCUGAAGUCCAAAAUAUAGCAGACCACAGUUUCUGGUUGGGUGGUUCUGAUUCCAAUGAAGGAAACUGGGUCUACACCACAGGAGAGUCUGUCCCAAUGGGGUGUUGCCUCAGCCUGUGGUGUUUGAAAACUUGCAAGAAAAUGCAAACGGGAAUGAAGAUUCAACUCUUUUUUUUCUUCACGACAACUCUCGCUAUUUCCUUCGUUGUCCUGCCUGCAUAUGCUGUGAUGGACUACUGGCGUUUCUUAUGCUGGCAGGGGGGUAUAAUCGUGAAACUAUGCUCGUUCACUACUUAUACUGUCCUUGGCAUCAUAGAGAGGAAUGUCUUCACCGUUAUUGCAACGUACAGAAUGAUAGCUGUCUGUUUCCCCCUGAAGUACCAGCAGUGGUGUCAGCGGCGUGUGGUUCUCAGCAUCGAAAUCGCGAUUUGUUUCUGCGUCGUGUUGCUGUGGGCCGUGGCUAUUUUCACACAGGACCUGGGCACCGUGGAGAUAAACGACCCCAGCAGCUACGCCUUGGGGAGAGUUCUCUUCUACCUUUUCCUGUUGGUGCCCAUCAUCAUCACCGUAGUCGCUUACGUCACCAUGAUUGCGUAUAUGCGCUUCAAGAAAGGUCCGAGGAACAGCCACAGGAACCAGGUGUCCUUCGGCCUUGGUAUCCUGAUCCUCACCAACCUCCUCCUCGACGUCCCUCACAUAAUGAUGCACCUCUCGGGCGUGGAUUCCAUGAGCCUCCCCUUCAUCCUCAUCCACGUGAUCUACCGUCUUCACUACGCCCUCGACCCCUUCCUCUUCGUGGGUAUGAAUGCUCCCUAUCGCCAAAAGGUCCUUCGCUGCGUGUCCUUCGGGAGGUUAGGGACACGCGACGUCCCCUCUCUCUCUCCUGCGGCCGAGAGCAACACACGGGCGGAUACGGCGACGGCUUUCUAGGACGUGGCGUUUCCUGCAAGAGGGAGAGCGACAGCUUACAAGGAGGUCGACGAUCGAAUCAUAGGUCAACUAUCAGUGAUUGAAAUGAUUGAAAAAAGAGAAGUUGAACUUUUUAGAUUUAUUUCAUUUGAGUUAUUAAAGUUAUUUCAUAAUUUUAUUGAAUCAAUAAUGCUCUUCCAUUUACUUCACUUACUUUAGGAAAUGCAUAUGAACAAAUUAUUCACUAGAGGUUGGGUUUUGAUAAAGUGUAUCUUCUAUAAAUGUCUAAGAUGCAUUUGAUUUACUAUCAUUUAAUAACCAAUUCUGAUUUAGAAAUCUUUUCAUAAGUGUUUCUCUUUUUUAUUUCAAAGUACUCAAUGAACUUUCUUCAGAGUAAUGGAAUAUGUUAUCAUUGCUUUGUGAAAGUGUGAAAAAAGGCAAGGAUGAUAUUUACAUACUUAGCUACUGUAGUUUAGGCCUUAUUGCUUGUAUUAUUAUUUUCUUUACAGCUUGUGAAUUGCAAAAAAAGAGGAAAAAAAUACAGUGAUAAAAUGGCAUGACAAUAAAAUAAAUGCACAUAUCUUUCCAUGAUUUCUAAUUGAUCAUGAUCUACUUAAAAAGAAUUCUAGAAAGAAAGUAUCCGUAUAUUCAUACAUGUCUACGUACGAAUUUCUGACAGCACACGGGACAAAAUUACGUGUGAGUCUGUUCUCUGGUGAAAAAUUUAUCUGCACUAUCAAAUCCAUUUAAAACUUCUAUGGCAUCUCUUUGCUACUAAUCGCUUGCUCUCUAACAGGACUAUUUUGGCUACAGGCUCUUUGCUGUCGUGUCUUAUUUUUGUAUCAGAAUUUGGAAUUUACCAUUGAUGUUACAUUAUUAUAGAGACAAACAUGAAAAGGGUUAUGAUGAGAUGCUGAUUAAUAUAUAUCAUUCAGACCGGGUCUUUAAUUAACGAUAUGCUUGUUAAAUGUUAUUUCUACAGUUUAUCAGUUGAUACUUAAACUAGCAUCGACGGAUAGUCCACAUAUACUUCCAAACUGUAACAUACAAAUCAGGACGCGUUAGGUCAGGCACAAGACGAGUUUUCAGGUCUAUUGUGUAUUAUCAGACCUGAAUCUCAAUUAAAUAGUGAAAAAGUGAACUUGUCAUGAUUUCUCAUUUUCUCUUUUUUCUCUCAUUCGCUUUUUCUCCCUUUCUCUCCUUUUCUCUUUCUCUCUUUCUCUCUUUCUCUCUUCCUCUCUUUCUCCCUUUCUCCCUUUCUCUCUUUCUCUCUUUCUCUCUCGCAAAGGCGGUCAAUGUGACAAAGGACAUGUGCUGAAGUAACAAAAGUACUAAACCACUAGUAAUAGGUUACAUACACAGAAGCACACACGUGAACUUUGUUGUGCGUCCAGUGGCUCGGCUUCUAAGAGUCUCGAAUCCCCCUUUUGUAUUCGGGAGUUCGAACUAGAAACCCAACUCAUCCCAGCACACAAAGGCGGCGAAUUAAGAGAUCGUAUAUGACCAAGGUUAUACGCUAUUAAACCUCUGUUCUGUGACUUUGCGCGUACAAUCACUUCGAAACGAUACAAGCAAGACAUGCGUGUGAAACCUGUUAAAGUGCUGGAAAAUUUGCGAAUAAGUGUAAUUUUGGACUAUCUUGAUUUGUUGUCGAUGAGUUGCCGUUCUAACUUUUUGUUAUGGUUAUGCUAUAGUGUGUGGAUUUUGAUAUUCAUGUCCGACGAACAAAAUGCAUACAAUAUGUGUAUAGAUAGAUAGAUACAUAUGUGUAUAUAUAUAUAUAUAUAUAUAUAUAUAUAGAGA